AUGGUUCCAUAUGAGAGGUCCAGAAGCUCCAAGCUUCUUAGGACACUACACCCAUCAUCACUAUGCACCCGUCUCGACCUAGACAUCCAAUCCUUCCUAAUAAUGCUAAAAGGCGCCCUCCCACCAACAAUAAUAAUCGCCAUCAACCAAAGCGACGCCAUCGCAGAUAUAACCAUCACAAUUGGCUAUAUCUCAGCCUUGAUAUCAGUCCUAUCGCAAGCCUUGCUACCCCGCGCCAAGUUCAUGAAGAUCAUGCUUUUUGAUCUAUUGGCUACUUGCGUGUCGGCGUCGUUGUGCUGUUUGGCUGUUUUUUGUGCUGUGAAAGCGAGGCAAAAUAGUACGCCUGUGGAUGCGUCGGAGGGUGUGAGGAACGGGUAUAACAGUGAUGCUUGUGCUGUUUCUGCGGUGUGGCUUAUUGUUAUGAUUUGGGGCGCCAAUACGCUUCGAGCAUGGAAACCUAUGGAAUUGCAGGAUCCGAUGGUUGCGUUUUCCAUUUUCUCAUGUGUCACGAUAACUCGGGGAGGAACAUUCAUUACAGUCGACGAAGGGUUAUCAUUUAUCACUCGACUGCUGAAAGGGUUCAUGCUUGGUUUUGCCAUUGCGACUGGCGUGUCCCUAUUUAUCCUCCCAAUUACCAGCAGAGGACACGUCUUCCAGGAUAUCAAAGGCUACGUCUCUCAAAUUGAUGCCGUACUGCAGGCGCAGCUAUCCUUUGUCAAGCGAAGUUCGACAUCAGGUGUGUGGACAGGUGACCAGGGUCUCUUGGAGCGGACACGAACCACGCAAAGCGGGAUAUCAGGUAACGGAGGCGCUGGACCUAAUGGUGAGUCAAGCCUGGACUCGAAAAGGCAGAAGCUUGGCGCUGCGAUAGGAAAGCUGAAUGCUUUACACGGCAAAUUGCAGUCUGAUCUUUUUUAUUCGAAAGAUGAGUUUGCAUGGGGGAAGCUGUCAGCAGGUGAUCUUACCAAAAUUGGUGAUCUACUGCGGAAUGUCCUGCUACCUUUGUCUGGAAUGGCCAUGCUUCCGGAUAUUUUGGACAUGACUGUCAAUGGCGAAGGAACACGGAACAACUCGAUUGGAAGCGUCGAUGAUCCAGAAGAAGACAACUUGAAACGCUCGGAGAUAAAGAAGGUUGUGGAAACGCUUGAAGAGCGUCUUGGAAGUUGCACGGACUUGAUGCGCUCUGGGCUACAAUAUGUGCUUGUUACCCUCGAUCUAGUCAAACACAGACAACUGGAAAAGCAACUCAAGGCACGAAACAAUAACUCAAGUGAUCAUGAUGAAGAGUCUAAGGGUGGCAUUCUCGAUCCGCUCCAGCAAGACUUUACAUCCCAAUUCGAACAGGCUUUAUAUCGAUACCACGCGCAGCGCAAGGAGCUGCCAGAAGCGCUAGCAUAUCUAGAGGCUUUCUCAUCACCGGAAAAGCAUGACGGGAAUUCGACCAAGUCUAAUUCAGAAAUGCUUGCAGACCCAGAUGUCAGACAAGAGUUCUUCUUCAUCGUAUACAUGGACCAUCUACAACACGACCUGUUGCACGCAACAUUCGACUUGAUCAAAUUCGCAGAUAGCAUAGUCUCAGACGGCACGAUGAAGUGGGGCAGAUUCAUAUUUCCAAAGCAGGACCCCACCCCAGACCCCUUCCCAGACCCCGAAACCCUCCCCCCGUCAAACAUCUUCGAAAAAACAAGCAGCAUCCUCCGCCAAAUAUCCCGCCUCAUACGCUCCGAAAAAAGCAUGUUCGGCUUCCGCGUAGCAGCAGCAGCAUUUUGCGUGGGUAUCGUGGCCUAUCUGCAUCAAACGCAGGAAUUCUUUAUCCGCCAGCGUGGUAUCUGGGCUAUGAUCGUUAUCGUAAUCGGAAUGAGUCCGACGAGUGGACAGACGAUGUUUGGGUUUGUGGCGCGUAUUGCGGGCACGGUUGUUUCGCUUGCGUUGAGCUUGAUUGUGUGGUAUAUCGUUGAUGGAAGGACGCCCGGUGUUAUUGUUUUUCUGUACCUUGCUAAUGUCUUUGAGUACUACUUCUACCUCAAAACUCCACAAUACUUUGGCGCCGCGAUGAUAGCAAUCGUAACCCUAAACGUAAUCGUCGGCUACGAGCUACAAGUCCGCAAACUCGGUCUCGAAACAGCAACCUCAAACGGCCAGCCCUACUACCCGAUUUACCUCUUCGGACCCUACAAACUGGUAACUGUGGCUAUUGGGUGCGGGAUCUCGUUCUUCUGGGUUGUCUUUCCGUACCCGAUUACGGCGAAGUCGAGGUUACGGAAUAUGCUUGGUAGGGGGUUGUUCGUGCUCGCGGAGUUUUAUAGUGCGAUGCAUGCUACUGUUGAGGUUUGGUUGGGUGAGAUUGACACCUCUGGUGCUACCGGAAACAGCACCAUUGUGAUACAGGGAGGGAAUAGAUCGCAUGAGAAAUUGGCGAAGCGCAGACAGAAGCUGUUUAAGGAGGAAAUGACCCUCCUCAACGCCCUCCGCGCGCAUAGCCACUUCACCACCUUCGAACCGCCUAUCGGCGGCAAAUUCCCGAAACAAACCUACGACGCGCUUAUCUCGGAGACACAGCGCAUGCUAACAGCCAUGGCACUCAUGGCACAUACAACACAGAACCUCUCCAACCCCCACACUCAACACCCCAAACACCCCGACCAGAACCAGGCACACCAACAAACGCAAAACGAAACACCCUGGUCAACCCACCUCGCCCGCUUCACUCAAACCUCGCCAACCUUCAACUCGCACGCCCCAACCUCGUUAUUAUGCCACCUCUCCGCCUCAUUAACAAACGCGCAGCCUCUCCCUCCUUUCCUGGCCGCGGGCGAUUCCUUCCCACUAGCUAGGGAGAUGCGGAAAGUUGAUGGUGAGUUGUUGAGUAUUCGGUACAUUGAGGAUGCGGGGUUUUCGGCGUUUGUGGCACUCGAGGUGUUGAGGAGUGUUGUGGGGGUUAGUUUACGGGCAUUGCUGAGUAAUGUGAGGAGGUUGGUUGGGGAGAUUACUUUCGAUUUCGGGGAGGAUGGGGAUGGAGAUGAGGAACGGGCUAGGUUGAUGUCUGCGGUGGGUAGGGAUUAA